GUCUUUGACAACGUGAUACCCUCGACAUUCCCCCUUCAUAGCCGAAUCUCGACGCAAAACACACGCCCGCCCGAAAACCAUCCUCGAGGCGCACAGCAUCCUGACCUGCUAUUUCCCAACCAUCGUCCCAAUGACACCCGCAACGACCAAAGAGUCCGUCCCAGACGGAAAUAUCAGUCAAGGGACCAGCUUUGCUAACGGGAACUAUGCCAAUGGCACAUCCGCGACGCAUGGCGAAUACAAGAGCGCGGCGCCCGCCAAGGACAAUGCUCGCAAAACUCCUAGUCCCAAAGCCAACCGGCAAGGAGUGACAGAGGCAUUCGGCGAGUUUGGGCAGCUCAUACAUGCGUCGAGGAGGCCACUGCCCACCCAGAUGGGUGAUGGCACGUACAGUGAAGUCAAGAAGAAGACGGGACUGAGGCAGGACCUCAAACACAUGCGGUGGAAAGACAUCAAAACCCUGGUGGAAGUUGUCAAGAGCAAGCUCAAGGGGCAGCAGAUCAUCGAUGACAAGACCAUGAUCAUGGAACGGACCAUCCAGCUUGUUGCCCGUCUUCCUCGCGACUCCAAGGCCAGGGUAGUGCUCACGGACAAACUCAUUCAAGAGCUUUGGGACUCCCUCGACCACCCGCCCCUGAACUACGUCGGCGAGAAGUUCCAAUACCGAAUGGCCGAUGGAUCGUACAACAACAUCCUCUAUCCGCAGCUUGGUGCUGCGGGAACGACCUACGCUCGGUCUGUCCGGCCAAGCAUUGUCCCUCUCGGGGCAAUGCCGGAUCCUAAUCUGAUCUUCGACUCGGUGAUGAAGAGGACCGAGUAUCGCAAGCACCCAAACAACGUGUCCAGCAUCCUUUGGUACUGGGCUGCCAUCAUCAUCCAUGAUCUGUUCUGGACCGACUACAGAGACAUGUCAAAGUCCAAGACAUCGUCGUACCUCGACCUAUCGCCUCUCUAUGGAAGCAACCAGGAGAUGCAGGACACGAUCAGGACGUUCACGGGAGGCAAACUGAAGCCGGACGCAUACGCUGACAAACGGUUGCUCGGCAUGCCGCCGGGCGUCAGCGUGCUGCUGAUCAUGUUCAACCGCUUCCACAACUACGUUGCCGACAAUCUCGCCGCGAUUAACGAGGGCGGCCGAUUCACUCCGCCAGCCGAGCACUUGGACGAGGCGGCAAAGGCGGCGGCGUGGAAGAAGCACGACAAUGACCUCUUCCAGACGGCUCGAUUGGUCACCUCGGGUCUCUACAUCAACAUCACCCUGGUUGACUACGUCAGGAAUAUUGUUAAUCUGAAUCGAUCCGAUACGACCUGGACACUCGACCCGCGUCAAGAGUCCGGAGUUGACGUCGGGACCCAAAAGGCCGCCGAGAGCGGGAAUGGCAACGUCGUGUCCGCCGAGUUCAACCUCUGCUACCGGUGGCACUCGUGUAUAUCCGAGAAGGAUGACAAGUGGAUCCAGGACUUCUACCAGGACCUCUUCGGCAAGCCAGGAGACCAGCUGUCCGUACCGGAACUCGUCAUGGGAUUCUCUAAAUUCGAGAGUCUGGUCCCCGAGGACCCGGCCCAGAGAGUGUUCGGGGGCUUCCAGCGAGGUGCGGAUGGCAAAUUCGACGACAAUGAUCUCGUCGACUGCAUCUCCUCGGCGGUCGAGGACUGUGCCGGUGCCUUUGGCGCCCGAAACGUCCCCGCAUCAAUGCGAGCGAUCGAGGUCCUCGGCAUCAUCCAGGGCCGCAAGUGGAACGUUGCCGGACUGAACGAGUUCAGAAAGCACUUUGGGCUCAAGCCGUACGAGCGCUUCGAAGACAUCAACUCCGACCCGGAAGUUUCGGACCAGUUGCGGCACCUGUACGAGCAUCCCGACUUCGUUGAGCUCUAUCCCGGCCUGGUCGCCGAGGAGGCGAAGAAGCCGAUGGUCCCCGGCGUCGGUAUUGCGCCUACGUACACCAUCUCCAGGGUCGUUCUCUCGGAUGCCGUUUGUCUCGUCAGGGGUGACCGGCACUACACCACCGACUACAGCCCGCGCCACUUGACCAACUGGGGAUACAACGAGGUGCAGUACGACAAGAGCGUUAACAACGGAUGUAUCUUCUACAAGCUGUUCAUCCGGGCCUUCCCCAACCACUUCAAGAGCAACUCCGUCUAUGCUCACUAUCCAAUGGUCAUCCCUUCGGAGAACCACAAGAUCCUGACAGACUUGGGGAAGGUCGAUCAGUUCGAUUUCAGCCGCCCGACAUUCACACCCCUCCGCGUCAACAUCACAUCGUACGGGGGAGCGAAGUACAUACUCGAGAACCCAGACAAGUACAAGGUGACAUGGCACGAAGGCAUGACCUUCCUCUUGGGCUCCGGAGGCGCCAAGUUCAUGCUCUCGGGCGACAGCGCCUUCCACGCCGAGCAGCGCAAGUGCAUGCACGCGCAGCUGUACCGCGACAGCUGGCACGCGCACAUCAAGGCCUUCUACCGACAAAUCACGGAGCAGCUGCUCGCGGAGAAGAGCUACGUGGUGGCGGGCCAGCGGCACGUCGACAUCAUCCGCGACGUGGGCAACAUCGCCCACGUGCACUUCGCGUCGCGCGUCUUCAACCUGCCGCUCAAGACGGCCGCCAAUCCCAAGGGCAUCUACACGGAGCAGGAGCUGUACAUGGUCCUGGCCGUCAUCUUUGUGUGCAUCUUCUUCGACAUCGACCCGGUCAAGUCGUUCCCGCUGAGGCAGGCCGCCCGGACGGUCGCGCAGCAGCUGGGCAAGCUGGUCGAGGCCAACGUCAAGAUCACGAGGGGGUUCGGGACCCGCGGCCUGUUCUCCGGGUCGGCCAAGAAGGACGACCCGCUCGCCUCGUACGGCAUCAACAUGAUCAAGGGCCUGGCGAAGUCGGGGCUCAGCACCUACGACAUUGCCUGGAGCCAGAUCGUGCCGACGGCGGGGGCCAUGGUGCCCAACCAGGCCGAGGUGUUUGCCCAAGCCGUCGACUUCUACCUCUCGCCAAAGGGGGCGCCAUACCUCCCGGACAUCCACCGAGUGGCCAAAGAGCCCUCGUCCGAGGAAACGGACGCGCUACUCCUCGGCUACGCCAUGGAGGGGAUUCGGCUCGCCGGCACGUUCGGGUCCUACCGCGAGGUUGCGGUGGCGGACACGAUCCGCGAGGACGACGGGCGCGAGGUGCCCGUCAAGCCGAAGGACCGCGUGUUUGUCAGCUUUGUCUCCGCAGCCCGCGACCCAACCCACUUCCCCGACCCGGAGCGCGUGGACCCGCGCCGGCCCGGCGAAAACUACAUCCACUACGGGCUGGGCCCGCACGCGUGCCUGGGCCGGGAGGCGAGCCAGGUGGCGCUGGCGGAGAUGUUCCGGGCGCUGUUCCGGCGGCGCAACGUGCGGCGGGUGGCGGGCCCGCAGGGCGAGCUCAAGAAGGUGGCGAGGCCCGGAGGGUUCUACGUCUACAUGCGCGAGGACUGGGGGUCGCUUUGGCCGUUCCCUGUUACGAUGAAGAUUGCCUGGGAUGAGGAGUAGGGUAGGUUACCGAAGUUGUCUUUCGUUACCCCUUUUUUAUUUAUCGCAAGAUGUGAGCAACGCCAUGGAUAGGACUAGUGUCUGUUUGUACCGUCUAGUUUUAAUACCAUCUAACCCCAUUCUAAAUCCAACAAUCACACAUACGCCAUGUGAAUCUCCAUCCCAUUAACCGU